GCCCGCCCGCGCCUCCAUUUUCCAGGCCGCCCGCCGCCCGCGCAGCCCGCGGCCCCGCCGCCGCCGGACAUGGCCGCCAACAUGUACAGGGUCGGAGACUACGUCUACUUCGAGAACUCUUCCAGCAACCCAUACCUGAUUCGCAGAAUCGAAGAGCUGAACAAGACGGCCAACGGGAACGUGGAGGCCAAGGUGGUGUGCUUCUACCGCAGGCGGGACAUCUCCAGCGCCCUCAUCGCCCUGGCCGACAAGCAUGCCACCCUGUCAGUCUGCUACAAAACCGGACCGGGCGCCGACAACGGUGAGGAAGGGGAGAUGGAGGAGGAGAUGGAGAACCCUGAGAUGGUCGACCUGCCCGAGAAGCUCAAGCACCAGCUGCGGCACCGGGAGCUGUUUCUCUCGCGACAGCUGGAGUCACUGCCAGCCACCCACAUCAGAGGGAAAUGCAGCGUCACUCUGCUCAAUGAGACCGAGUCACUCAAGUCCUACCUGGAGCGGGAGGACUUCUUCUUCUACUCGCUGGUCUACGACCCACAGCAGAAGACGCUGCUGGCAGACAAAGGGGAGAUCCGUGUGGGGAACCGCUACCAGGCGGACGUCACCGACCUUCUACAGGAAGGUGAAGAGGAUGGCCGCGACCAGUCCAAACUGGAGACCAAGGUGUGGGAGGCGCACAACCCGCUCAUAGACAAGCAGAUUGACCAGUUCCUGGUGGUGGCCAGGUCUGUUGGCACCUUUGCUCGGGCCCUGGACUGCAGCAGCUCCGUCCGGCAGCCCAGCCUGCACAUGAGUGCUGCGGCUGCCUCCAGGGACAUCACCCUGUUCCACGCCAUGGACACGCUGCACAAGAGUGUGUACGACGUCGCCAAGGCCAUCUCGGCCCUGGUGCCGCAGGGCGGGCCUGUGCUCUGCCGGGACGAGAUGGAGGAGUGGUCAGCCUCGGAGGCCAGCCUGUUCGAGGAGGCCCUGGAGAAGUACGGGAAAGAUUUCACGGACAUUCAGCAAGACUUUCUGCCCUGGAAGUCGCUCACCAGCAUCAUCGAGUACUACUACAUGUGGAAGACCACCGACAGAUAUGUGCAGCAGAAACGCUUGAAAGCAGCAGAAGCAGAGAGCAAGUUAAAGCAAGUUUAUAUUCCCAACUAUAACAAGCCAAACCCGAACCAGAUCAGCGUCAACAACGUCAAGGCGGGUGUGGUGAAUGGCGCGGGGGCGCCAGGCCAGAGCCCUGGGGCCGGCCGGGCCUGUGAGAGCUGUUACACCACCCAGUCUUACCAGUGGUAUUCUUGGGGUCCCCCUAACAUGCAGUGUCGUCUCUGCGCAUCUUGUUGGACAUAUUGGAAGAAAUAUGGUGGCUUGAAAAUGCCAACCCGGUUAGAUGGAGAGAGGCCAGGACCAAACCGCAGUAACAUGAGCCCCCACGGCAUCCCAGCCCGGAGCAGCGGGAGCCCCAAGUUUGCCAUGAAGACACGACAGGCCUUCUACCUGCACACCACCAAGCUCACGCGGCUCGCCCGGCGCCUGUGCCGAGAGAUCCUGCGCCCGCGGCACGCCGCCAGGCACCCCUACGUGCCCAUCAACAGCGCCGCCAUCAAGGCCGAAUGCACGGCCCGGCUGCCCGAAGCCUCGCAGAGCCCGCUGGUGCUGAAGCAGGCCGUGCGGAAACCCCUGGAAGCUGUGCUCCGGUACCUCGAGACCCAUCCCCGCCCCCCCAAGCCUGACCCUGUGAAGAGUGCGUCUGGCGUGCUCAGCAGCCUGACCCCUGCCAAGUCGGCCCCUGUCAUCAAUAACGGCUCGCCCACCAUCCUGGGCAAGAGGAGCUAUGAGCAACACAACGGGGUGGAUGGCAACAUGAAGAAGCGCCUCUUGAUGCCCAGUAGGGGUACUUACCUGGGCUUGGCGAACCACGGACAGACCAGGCACAUGGGACCAAGCCGGAACCUCCUGCUCAACGGGAAGUCGUACCCCACCAAAGUGCGCCUGAUCCGGGGGGGCUCCCUGCCCCCUGUCAAGCGGCGGCGGAUGAACUGGAUUGACGCCCCUGAUGACGUGUUCUACAUGGCCACCGAGGAGACCAGGAAGAUUCGCAAGCUGCUCUCGUCCUCGGAGACCAAGCGUGCCGCCCGCAGGCCCUAUAAGCCCAUCGCCCUGCGCCAGAGCCAGGCCCUGCCGCUGCGGCCGCCCCCACCCGCGCCGGUCAACGACGAGCCCAUCGUCAUUGAGGACUAGGUGCCCCUCGCCUGCCCGCCCGCCACCGCCCACCCUCACCUGCCCAGAAACUGCUCCUGGGGCGUCGGGGAAAUAAGUGCAGCCUGACUUACUCCAAGCACCGAGGAGCUAGUGUUUCCUUUGUGUUACAUUUUGGCCGGAGAGAGAGAGGAGCCGCCAGUGUCCGCACCGCACUGCGGGCUCGCGGGCUGGCCGCAAGUUUUGUUGUGUUCUGUUGAAGGUGCCAUUUUAAAUUUUAUUUUUAUUACUUUUUUGUAGAUGAACUUAAGCUCUGUAACUUACACCUGGAAUGUUAGGAUCGGCGCAGCCAGCGGCCGGCCGAGCUGCCUGGCAGGGUUGGCCCUUUGUCUUUUCAAGUAAUUUUCAUAUUAAAAAAAACAAAGGAAAAAAAACUCAUAAAAAGAAAAAUACAACCA